GGGUGGUGGAGUAGGGAGGGACAGGUUGGGUUGAAGUUCAGAGGUCAGAAUUCUGCAAGCUGGGCAUGGAGGAGCAGGGCCCUGGCAUGAGGCCCUGGGUGUGUGGGACGGGCACCUUGGCAGGACAGAGGCUCUGCAAGUGCCGCUUCCCGUGUCAGCAGGCCUAUGGGUGGCAGCCAGUGGCCUCUGAGACCCAGUGUCCCUUUUCCCUGGCCUGCGCAGACAGGAGUGUCUUCCUCUGCUCCAGCUCGAGGUUGCCCUAAAAUGUGCCUUCCACAACUGACACACGGGUCCCACAGGCACGAGUGGGCACGGACCCAUGUCCACCCCAGGGCACCAGAUUCCUCAGGCAGAGGUCCACCAGGCCUGGGCACAGAGGGAGCACCCUCCUCGGGGUUUCAGGGCCCUGGACAGAUCCAGCCUGCAGGCUGCAUGCAGGAACCCACCAGGCAGCUGGAGUCCUUGCAGGCGAGUGGCCUGGCUUGGUUGGGUCAGCCUGAGUCAGAUUCCCUGUCCCCUGGGCUGAGGGGGCCGCCGCCCUCCCGUCUCCUGCCUUUUCCCACGACUGCAGGGAGCCUCAGCGCGCCCAAAGUGAAAGAGAAAGUCGCUCCCCCGAGGCGGCCCCGCCCCGCCCCGCGGCCAAUCCCCGCAGCCGGCGCCGCCCUCGGCCGCCGGGUCUCCUCGGUGAGCUCGCCGGCUGUAGGCUCCGAGCCGGGUCCGGUGCACCUCCGGGACCAAAGGGGUGAUUUUUAAAUCCCCCUGAACGAGGAGGACGCCCCUCCCCCUCUGACCACCACCUUGUCCCCCUCCGCCACUGGGCAUCUGCCUCUCCACCUCGUCCUACCUGGGUGUGCUCUAGAUAAAUGGCUGAUAAGCAGAUCAGUCUGCCAGCCAAGCUCAUCAAUGGCGGCAUCGCUGGGCUGAUCGGGGUCACCUGCGUGUUCCCCAUCGACUUGGCCAAGACGAGGUUGCAGAACCAGCAAAAUGGCCAGCGCAUGUACACCAGCAUGUCGGACUGCCUCGUGAAGACCAUCCGCUCAGAGGGCUACUUUGGCAUGUACCGUGGAGCUGCUGUGAACCUGACCCUUGUCACCCCAGAGAAGGCCAUCAAGCUGGCAGCCAAUGACUUCUUCCGAUACCAGCUUUCCAAAGACGGGCAGAAGCUGACCCUAUUUAAGGAGAUGCUGGCAGGCUGUGGAGCAGGCACCUGCCAGGUGAUUGUGACAACCCCCAUGGAGAUGCUGAAGAUCCAGCUUCAGGACGCGGGCCGCAUUGAUGCCCAGAAGAAGAUACUGGCUGCCCAGACCCAGCUCCCAGCCCAGGGGGACACCCGACCACCAGUGGAGGCUCCGUCUGCCCCCCGGCCCACGGCCACCCAGCUGACCCGGGACCUGCUGCGGAGCCGUGGCAUCGCUGGCCUCUACAAGGGACUUGGAGCCACGUUGCUCAGGGACGUCCCCUUCUCCGUUGUGUACUUCCCCCUCUUUGCCAACCUGAACCAGCUGGGCCAGCCAGCGUCCGGAGAGAAGUCUCCUUUCUAUGUGUCCUUCCUGGCCGGCUGUGUGGCUGGGAGUGCAGCUGCAGUGGCUGUCAACCCCUGUGAUGUGGUGAAGACGCGGCUGCAGUCACUCCAGCGUGGCCUCAAUGAGGACACUUACUCUGGCUUUCUGGACUGUGCCAGGAAGAUCUUGCGGCAUGAGGGCCCCUCGGCCUUCCUGAAGGGCGCCUACUGCCGUGCCCUGGUCAUCGCCCCGCUCUUCGGCAUCGCUCAAGUGGUCUACUUCCUGGGCAUCGCCGAGACGCUGCUGGGGCUGCUGCAGCCCCCGCAGCCCCCCAGGCCUUCAGCCCAGCUGGACCAGACUGCAGCCAGAGCCGGGCGGCCUGCCCAGGACUGAGCAAGGGAUUGUCUCUCCCCACCCCUCCCCACAUGGACGGGGGGAGGCGGAGGAAGGGGCUCAGAGGCCACAUGGGUGGUCCACACAUGGCCUCCCAGCAGUCCUGCCUGUGCAACCACUGGGAUCAAUGUCUUAUUUAUGUAGAAAAUGUGGAAAUCUUUACAUUCCCGGAGCCGGCCCCUACCCAGCCCUGCCCUGGCUGGAGUACCCCUGGGACAGAGCUGGUCUCUAUACUGGGGGCCUCAGACCUGGGCUAGGCAGGCAGGACCCUACACUCCAGUCUGCCAGCUUUUGUCCCCAAGGCUUGGCCCCUCAGCCACAGAGGGACCCCACACAGACCUACUCAUUAGCAUGUGGAGCGCAGUGGUUCUGUCCAUCCCCUCUGUCCAUGUUCAGCCUCCCUGCUGCUCUCCUCGUCUCAGCCAAGACUCCGUUUUGCACCUUGGCAAGCUUUGCAGGAGGAUUGGGGUCUGCUGCCCCCACCACAUUGAGCCAGGGGUCCCAAGUGGGAGGUUCUGCUGAGUACUGACUCCCGGGGCAAGCCUACUCCUCACUACUGUGGGACCCAGCAUCCCUUCUGGUGGCCCUCCUGCCACCGCCCUAGGCUGGGGGCCCAGAGCAUGUGAGGUGUGGGGAGCAGGUUGUGUCUACAAGCCCUCAGCUGACCUUGCCUCUUGGAUGGGGCCCUGGGAGGCUGCUCCCUUUCCCCCAUGGCCAGGAUGUGUGUGUGUGUGGUGUGUGUGUGUGUGGUGCGUGUGUGUGCGUGUGUGGUGUGUGUGUGUGUGCUGUAUGUGCCCUAGACUCCCCUCUGACCCCAUCUAGAAAUUGAUUUCUCCAGCCUGGCCCCUCUUGCUGCAUCUUCAGCAGACCCCUCUUCUGACACCCCCCACCCUGGGUCUCCGAUUGGCCAGUGGGGAGGGGAGGGAUUAGGACCAGUAUGGAGCCUGGAGCAUCUGCUCUGCUUUCUGGGGUCUGGGAACUACCCUAGGCCUCCCAGGCUCACCCUGUUCUCUGGGCCUCUGCAUAAGGCCCUUGACCACACACCAUAAGCUCUGCCCUCCCAGCCCCCCAGCCCCGCUGAUGUCGUGAAUUGAGUGGCCACGUGAUUGGUGAUUGUGUUGGUGAUUGAUUCUGUCAUGCUGGUGCUGUGUCCCUCAACCUGGGCCCCCUCAGUGGAGGCCCUCCCCAGUGACACUACCUGGGGCUCUGGCCUGGGCCCCCUGUUCACGGUUGUUCCUGGGAGCUGCCCCCUCCCGUCACAUCUGUACCUUGGAAGCUGCUGCUUUACAGAAUUAUAUUUUUUUCUUUUGAAAAGUUUUAAAAGUUGUAACUUUUGUGUCUUGUCAUGUAAGAAGAUAAAUAAAUAUUCUAAGUAGA